UGACCGCGGCAGGUUGGUCCUGGAGCUGAUGAGCGCAGAAUAUUUAGGCGAAAGCGAGAGGAGCGGGGGGGCGUGCGGGGCAGGAGUACCUCGCCGAGAAAAUUAUGCAUGUGUUAGGAAAGCUCUGAGAGAAUGGCUGUGGAAGCUCUCCACUGUGGUUUGAAUCCACGGGGUAUUGAUCACCCUGCCCGUGCUGAAGGUAUUAAACUCCAGAUUGAAGGUGAAGGUGUGGAAUCUCAGUCCAUUAAAAACAAAAAUUUCCAGAAGUUACCUGACCAGAAAGGAACCCCCAAGCGACUGCAGGCAGAAGCUGAGACAGCUAAGUCAGCUACGGUGAAGCUGUCUAAACCAGUGGCUCUAUGGACCCAGCAGGAUGUCUGCAAGUGGUUGAAGAAACAUUGUCCGAAUCAGUAUCAGAUCUACAGUGAGUCAUUCAAACAGCAUGACAUAACUGGGCGAGCCCUGCUGAGACUUACUGACAAAAAGCUUGAGCGGAUGGGGAUUGCCCAGGAGAACCUCCGGCAGCACAUCUUACAACAGGUGCUCCAGCUGAAGGUGCGAGAAGAAGUCCGAAAUCUACAGUUACUCACGCAAGCCUCAGCCGAGGGUUCUCCAUAAACACGGUUAGCCUUCCAAGCUGCUGUCCUGCCAGUUGAUAUGAACAUGACCUGUUCCUCACAGAAAGACUAACCCAUGGCACUGCCAGAAGAUAUCCUUGGAACAUGGACAAUUUAACUGGAUUAAGUGAAAACACAUCCAUUCAGUAAAGAUUAUGGGCUCUGGAAAAUUCUUACUUUGCUAUGGAUUUAAAAUGAGGUGCAUAAGACACAGUGCCAGGUCGUUCCAAGUGGUCAUUGGCAGACCAUGAGCUGGAAAAUUGCUUCCAGUUUUCAUCACUGUGCAUAACUCAAGUUCCCUUUGGGGAGCUGUCUGUGCCCUUCACUAGAAGUCCUGUUUUAGCAUGGCAACUACUGGAUUAUUUUAUUAUGUGUGCAGAUGGCAUGAUGUUUUAGAAAAAAAAAAAUUACAGCAGUUCUGCAAUCUCAGUGGGAGUGUUCACAAUAUUAUGCCCUGGUAGGAAUGUAAACGUGUCUCGACUAUGUUAGUUACGAUGUCUAAAGGUUCUGUCCAACUCUUAAGCACUUUAUAUGAGAAUACUACACCAAGAUGAAUUAGCACGUUCAGCACAUGUGAAAAAUCAAGUAUUUUCUUUUUACGUUUAUAAAUCUUGGUGGGUUUUUUUUUUUUCCUGGCUCAGACUGUCCAAGACAAACUCCACUACUAGCAUAUCCCCGGUGGUUUGUGGUAGGUUGAUGUAAAUAUGGCCAUGAUACUGUUAGACUUCACCUCCGGAUUCUUUACUGAACAACUGGUUUACUUGUAGCACCAAAGGGAAGCAGAACGGGUCGAGUGAUUGUGAUAUCUUAACUUGCUUCUUUGUUCUCAGGCAAGUUGACCACAGGCACAUACAUGUACUCAAAUACAGGAGGCUUCUAUUUAGCUAAUGUAGGUAUUCUGUAGAACAGUUCCUCCGAAGAAAAAAAAGGGGAUGAUAUUCUUUUAAUCAAAGGCCAUGGCGAAUGGAUAGUAAGGGCAACAGAAUGCCAUUCUUUUGCGUGGUCUGACUUUAACACUUCGGAAAAAAUUCUAAGUCAAGUUUAAAUCGCCAUUCUCUUAAGAGGGAAACAUCAAGUGACCCCACCAUGUGCCUAGAGAAGGAAGCAUCCUAUACUAGGUUCCUUGCUUAGUGUAGAACCUACUAGUCCCUUUUAAUCUUUUCUGGGAUGAUACCCAUGACUAUUUUUUUUAACUAGGUCUUAUGACAAAGCACAGUCCUGGGAAACCAGUCAACUUAAUUAUCGCUUAUCUUUAAGCAUUGCAGACAUGUGCAUAUUGACUUGCUACAUAACACGGUAGCAUAUUUUUUUCCUGAAAAUAUAAAGUUGGCUGAGUGGAAACCUCAGUGCAGUAUGUUCCUGUGCCCACUGUCCCAGCCUGGGACUGACAGGCAUCAGAGGCUUUUCUUUAAAAUAUGUGUAACCACUUCUGGAACACUUCCAAUGCGAGCAAGCUUGAUGUUUUAGGGUGUCUCCAGAUACAUAAGCAUUGUCUGCCUCCUCUCAGGGUCUCAGGAAAUACACAGCCCGUUGGAAACCACCCCCGCCUGAGAUUUGGAAACCUGACAGGGAAAGGGAGGAAGGUCCAAAUGAGUCAGCAGCAGGAUGAUUCACCACAAGCCUGGUAGGCUGCAGAGCCGGAGAAGGGGGCUUCCAACAAGGAACUCAGAGGAAUUUCAGUCACCACCAAGAUCUGGCUCUUUGACAGGUCAGCAGCAGGACUGCCAGGCCCUCUGCAGAAUGUAGUUCCCUUCACAUCCGUAAUUAGGAAGCCAAACUCCAGCUGCCAACAUCCUUGGACACAAUAUUCUAGUCUCCACUGCCCAUCCCUUGUGGUCAGUUCUAAUAGCAGGUCUUCUUCCUCCUUUCAUCCCGCCCUUUACUCAGCAAGCAUUUGUUGAGCAUCUACUAUGUGCCAAGCGUUGUGCUUAGGUAACAACAGUACACAAAGCAGACUUCCCACCUGCCCUUAUGAAACCAUAUCUCCUCCUCCCAAACAUUAUCGCCACCCCACCUUUUCCACAGUGAAAACUUAGACAGCAUUCUCCAUUUUGCAAGAGUACCCUAGGAAGAAGAACAUGGCAGCAGACAGCUCCUCAGGGAGCAGGCAGCAGAAUGAAAGGUAGCUAAAACUGUAUCAGCCUCCAUAUUUGCAGCUUUCAGGUAUAGCCAGCUCUUCCAGGGCCCAGGCUGAGUUGGUUCGAGCUUCCGAAAGCAGCAUUCAGUUGCUUUCCUCGAUAUCCACCCUGGACACCUAUGUUCCCUUUCUUUACAUAGGCACAACCAUUCAGCCACUACGCUGCAUUAUCUGAAGCUCCAAUUCUAUAACUAGUCCAGGGGACAUACAAUUAAGUCUGAUGAAGCCUAAGAACCACCAGGUGCUGAGAUAUUGUAACUUGGAAUUAAGGUUUAGCCAAGGACAUUCUGAGACUACUGCUGACUCUCUUGAAAAACUGGACAUGCUUUUUAGUGCAGACGUUCAUUAAAUGAUGGUGGUUCAUUGUUACUUGCUUUGGCCUUUGCAAAAUAUUCCAAACAAUUAAAUAAGUAGAGUUUCCUAGUUUGUCUUUGUUUAAGCCUGACGAGUGUUGUAAAAUUAUUGAAAAAUGAUGGGUGAAGAGGGACCUAGGAGAAGGCAAAAUGAAGACUAUUAAAGAGCCCAGUUGAAAAGACUGUGUCUCUAAAAAUGCCUUAAUGCCUUGCACGUAACUCUGUGUUUGCAUAUGAACUACUACUCUUUUCCAAACAGUCAACCUCUGUUUGAAACCACUUUGGGGAUAGUUGUGGAAACAUGGUGGCAUAAAAUCCGAGCAGUCAAGAGUUCAACCAGCAAGAAGAAGGAACAGCUUUAUUCACAGGCUUCAGCAUCUUUAUUACAUGGCGGUCCUCUGUGAUCUCCCAUGGUUACCUCCAGCUGUGCUGGACUUUCUUCCCAAGAUGCGUGUAUGAAAUGUUACCUCCUAGAAAUCCAGAAAUGAUGGUAGUGAGUUUUGUUUAGUAGGAAGAAAGAGAUGGGAAAGUAAAGGAUACAUAUUUUUAUGUCUAAGGACUGUAACCUGUUGAUGCUUGACUUUUCCCUUUACUUAAACCUAUGCUGCACCUUUGUUAAAAGACUGACACCCAGACUUGCACAGGAAAGGCACUCUUGGGAAUGAACAGAAAUGAAUAAUUAUCAUACUUUCCAUGAUGCCAAGGGGAUUCACUUAUUAUGCAGCAUUGCCAGUCCUGCUAGUGUGAAAAGCAAAUCACUUCAGUAGUUUGAGACCUACCUAGGGGAAUAGAGAUCCUAUCAACUUUCUUUGUGGGUAGUGGCCUACCUUCAAAUCCCUGCUCAGGCUCUGUGAGGUGUGCACCUGCAGAUUUCACUUCUACCUCCAGAAUCCUGGCAGACAAGCCAGGAAUCUUUUCAGAGUCACUUCUCAGUUGCUCAGACAGAGGCUAACAGUCCUUAGUCCUGAGGAAAUUCUGCCAUUUUUAACAUUCAAGGAGAAAAGGAAAAUCAGCUGUACAUGAGAAUAUCAACUAAGGAUAAAAACAUCUAGUGGAUUCCCCUCGUUACUUGCAAAUGCUUUCUUUGUCUGCAAAUGUCACAUAAUUGAUACUGGAUAGGAACAAUAAAAGUCUCAAGGAAGUGAAGUCUUUAAGACCCCUUUAGCCCUUUACUUCACCAAAACCUUCUCUUUCUUUCCAGUACAUUAGCAGUUUCGGGUUCUUUGUGCUGUUUUCCUCUACAUUCUUUAGAAUAAUUUUGUUACUUGACAACUAGGCUUGUCAAUUGCCUUAGACUGUUUUUAAAAAUCUAAUCCUUGAAAAUGACAUAAAUUCUAUUAUUGCUUUAGGGCUGUUUUUAUUCACCCCUCCAACCCCUUCCACUGUACUUUUUAGGGUGUUUUUUUUUUUCUUUUCAUCUCUCUUUCUUUUAACAUGAUGCUGUGGGUAGAUCUCAAGAAUUCCUUAAAGUACUCAACAAAAAAACGGAGUUGUCACCUUUUUUCCCCAGUCCUAACAAUUUCUUCUUAAACUUGAUCGUGGUGAAAACUUCCUGCCCAAAAAGCAGUGUGGGUAGGGAUUAAUAGCACUGACCAGUCAUCUGGGAGAUUAAUUAAUCCCAUUGCAGUCCUGAGACGAGGAAAGGGGACAGGCCAGGAGAUGUUUCUACUCAGGGCACCACUAAGGACUGUAUUUCAAAGCCAGAUCCUGCUCCUUAGUCUUUUUAGAUCUGAAUCUACUCCUGAAUCCAGAGGAUUAUCCUAUGAAUUCUGGUUUAUGAACCCACAUGAUUCCUGGCACCACUGCAUAGCUUCAAGGUAAAAGAGAGCUGUGUUUCUAUUAUUUUGCUAUGGUGGCUUUUGGGAAGACGGACAGCAUUCUUUUGAAAGCAGGAAACUUGAGGAAAAGCUGGAAACUUGAGGAAAAGCUGGCUAGGGGCAUAGGAAGGUUCUGCCACACCUCAGGAUAAAGAAUAAGGUAGAUGCUUCUCCUUUGGGGAAGGUAGCUAAAGGGACAGUAACAGUACUGGUGGCCUUCUGGCCAUCAUCUUAGCUCCACAGGGAGAAUUCUGGGUAAGGGCAAGUGCUGUUUCUAAAAUCUAAAUUUUUUUAGGGUGAAAUUUACCAGCAACAAAUGUAAAAGGGAGGAGCCAUCCGGCGUAGGGCUAAUUUUAUACUUCUUGCCCAAGGGCAAAAUGACUGAGACAUGACUUCCAUGAAACAGCAGAAAACGGAUGCCAAAGAUAUCAUAAAACUGAAGUUUGAUUUGCCAUGUAAGGCUAUUUAAAAACCUGAUGCACUUCAAGCAUUCUUCUUUCAGAGCUUCCCUCCUACAAUUAUAUCAAGCACAAGAAAGCACCAACAGCAUACACUUAAUGUCAUGUAAAAGUAACCAUAUGACUCGUGUUGAAUUAUUAUUGGCCGGUUGACAUAUUAAUAAGUAUCGUACGUAGAUAGUUAGACAUUAUUUCUGAUCAUACAAAAUUCUUUUCAUAACCUGGAGCCAAUGGUUUGGGAGGUUUAUUUGUUUGUUUGUUAUUUGUUGUGUUGUUGUUUUCCAAACCUCAGAUAUUUUGAGGCACCUUAGAAAGGCUCUUAGGCCAAGGCCGUUUUGCUUCAUAUGCAGAGCAUUAAGAGCAGCCCUACUGAUGUGAACCUCAAGGAAGGAGGCUAUUAAAUUAAUCCAACACUGGAGAUACUGAUACCUCAAACAAUUAAAACACUGAAGACUCUGCUGGUCGCCUCCCACAUUGUUUACAGCCUUUUAAAAUUCAGUCAUUUGGAUCAAGGAAAUAAACGGUUGGUUUCACAUGGCUUUUGCCACAUUAGCACUGGCACAGCUAUCAAAUGUGGAAGUCAAGACUGAGUGGAUGCAUGAGAGCAAACAGAUCUGUUUUAUAUGAUUGCAUUUAAUCACCACCAAAUUCUGUAAAAAUAUAUUCAAAUACUUAACGCAAAAAAAAAAAAAAUUCAAAAACAGGAGACUGUUACUGGCUCAUGCUUUCACUUUGGGUAGGAUAACUGAUCUUGAAGAUAACCUUGUAGAAAACUUUGCUCGGUUAAAUGUCUCAAGCACCUGGGACGUGAUCCUGUUCCAUUCCACAAACUGAUGAUGGUCUUCUCCCAUCUCCUCAGAGGAGUUAGCAUGGCCUCUAAAAUAGCACAAAUGCCAUGAAAAUACCUUUCUAAACUCUAUAGAGACCUCCUAUCCAAGUAUAAUUCCGAGAAUAUGGUUUGAGUUUGAGCAUGCUGGUGGUCCUUGAUUCUAUGAUUCUGUGAUCCCUAAAUCAAUCCGUUCUAGUUCUUUACGUGUGUGUGUGUGUGUGUGUGUGUGUGUGUGUGUGUGUGUGUGUGUAUUUCUAGUAUUUUUUUUUAACCGCGAUUAAGUGCAUUUAGCAUGUUUGCAUUGGGAACUGCCCGCUGGCUCUGUUCCUGCUUUUGGCAAUCCCCAUGUCCAGAUCCCAUACAGCGCAUUUGAGAGAGGACCGAGGUUAUGUUUCCCCACAUAUCAGCUGCUUCAGAGGUUUUGAAGUGCGUGACCCAGUUCUUUUUCACAUCAAAAAGGCCUUCAGUUACAGAUGGAAACCUUAAGGAUGAAUAUAGAGUGGAGGAGGAAAUGCAUGUUUGAAUGCUGGAACCUUUGUCUUUUUUUAAUUUUUAUUCAAUUCCCACCUCAGAUCACCAGAAAGAGAAUCCUCUUUGGUGGGUGUUAGCCCCCACUGGAGGUAAAAGGGGUUCUACUUGCUUAAACUCGCACAUAGGCAAUUUUAGGGCUCUCUGGGGCUUUGAAUGGUUUCUCCACCACUACCUCUCUUCCACCAAUAGAAAGAUGCUGUCCUUACAAGGCGAUGUUUGAGGAGACCACGGCUUAACUAGUAAAAGAAGUUCACAUUGCAGAGAGCUGAAUAAUACCAGGCUCUUGACUUUGCACUGUGUGUCACGGUCAUGUCUGGGACAGAAGGAACCAGUCUGCUGUAAAGCCAAGCCAGCACAAACAUUUGGAGACCAAUUCCACCGAAACCCUUGUAUCCCUAAAUCAUACUACUGUAGUUUCAGUUAAUGUAAUUAUUUAAUACCAUUAGACACUUAAUUAAAUAGCUUUGCACAAAAUUUUAGAAAAGCUCAAUCUUGUAACCAAAUUCCCUAUUAAUAGUAAAAAGCACCCGAGAAAAGAAAUGUUGAUCUCUUGUGGUUUAUACGCUUGAGUUAUUCUGAGAACUUUGCGGAGAUGGACACUGCUCUGAUAAAAAGGAAGAAAAUGUUUUGAAUUCAAGAAUGCCAGACUAAUAGAAAUCGCCCAGUCUCUCUGGGUCACUGCUCUUCAGUGUGGGGUGCUCUCUGUCUCUCCUUAGAAGAUGGGGUUGUUCAGAGGCCGAAAUGAACUAAGGGAAGAAGCUGUCCUGUGCCUCCAAUAUCCCUUAUGUAUAAUUAGAGUGCUGAUCUGGGUUAUAGGCUUUAUUCAAUGAUUCCUCUCCCUUACUUGAGGCUUUCUCUGUGGAGCUAUUAUUUCUGAAUCUCCAUUCUUGGAUUUACAAAGGAAAUAGAAUGAUGAAGUAACAAUCAGUGUUUUACACAAACACACACACACACACACACACACACACACUUUUUCUAAUAUAUGAGGCUAGUCUGCAGAGUCUACAGCCCAGGUGUCCAUUUAUUUCCACUUCUUCACCUCCCAAAGAUUUAGAGCUCCAUGACCCACUAAGGUGAAGAGUGCCAAUCCCAGGUUGGAGAAGACUCAUCAGAGUGUGAAGGUGCCAAACUGAGAGGCACAGGAAGCAGACAGGACAUCGAUCUUCCUUGAUAACUACUGCAUCUUGGUGUUUGUUCUAGGAAAUAAAGGAAGAAAAAUGACACAAUGUGAAUUGAACACGAGUAGUUCUCUUUAUAGAGUAUGAGAAUGGAGGAGGGGGAGAAUCUGAUAAAGAUAAUGAUUCGUUCUUUCACAAACACUAACAAACAUAGCUAAAAAGCACAUGUCAGAACACAGAAGUCUGUGUAGAUGCUCAACAUGUUUAUAGCUUCCUAAAUGAGUAGUUCAACCAGCAGUCUGAAUUCUGUUGGUCUCCCAAGAGUGUUUAAUUACAUAAGUAUUACCUGUAUUCAUUUCCCACGACUAUUGGGUUUUUCUUUCUUUCUCUUUUUCUCUAUGCAUCCCUAGAAAAACUCCCAGGACUAUACUUAGGAGGAGGCAAUCAAAUUAUUUGGUAAAAUAAGAGUGCCUUUUCUGUUGGAUGUCCACUUUAGUUUCCUGGGUUCCCAGGGCAUACAAUGUUGAGAAACUUUUUUUCUCUAAACAUAAGAAUUAUUGUGCACCACAAUUUUGAACCACCGAUUUCCAUAUCUUAAGCAGCUAUCAACUCGCCAAUUCCCUCUGGGUCUCCUUUGUAUAUUCUUAUGUUUCCUUCUGUUUCUGAUUGUCCUCAAAAAGAGUUGAGGGGGGCAUGACUCUUACAAAAGGGAUAAAAAUGAAACUGUGUACAGAUUUUUGCCCCCCCCACCCUGGUAUCUGUGAGCAUGAUCUCUAUCGGGCUUGAAAAUCUGCUUUAUCAUUUUGUAUAUUUGACUAUUUUGUAUUCAGCAUUACUUGACUCCUUAUGUGCAUGGCAAUGUAUUAAAAUGUGGGAUUUCUAUUACCAGUGUAAAA